AUGAACAUUUUUUUUUCUUUCUUUCUUCAUCUUCUUUUCUCUCUUCUCUCAUUCUACCUCAAUCAGUCUAUUUCUUUCUUUAUUUCCCUUUCUUUUUUCUUCCUUUCUUCUUCUUCAUCCUCUUUUUUUUUUUCACCCACAUUUUUUUCAGGCCAGCAGAUCCUGGUUCACCAUUUCAUUAUAUUUCUUUUCCAAAUUCAACAUCUAUAUGAAUGCCACUACUUUUUAUUCUUCACCCUUUUUAUAUUUAAGUCCCCUUCCAUCAUUUUUCUUGUCGUUGUCUACCUUUCUCUUUUUUUGUCCUUUUCUUUUUCUUUCUUUUUCUUUUUUUCUCACUUUUCUUCUAUUGACAGCAGCAAUAUUCUUCUUUCCAUUUUUCUUAUACAUUCUUUUUUGAUUAUAUAUCCAUCCUUGGUACCUUCACCAUUCUUGUCUUUGUCUACCUUUCUCUUCUUUUGUCCUUUUCUUUAUCUUUCUUUUUCUUUGUUCUAA